AGACCUCAGGCCUCUCUCGUCCCCCUAUUUUUUUUGUCGUUUGUCACCUCUGGUUCUAGUCAAGAUUUUUUUUUUUUUUUGAACUACAAAACCAACCCAAACAAACUCAAUGUCGCAAUACUUCUUCAGCAUCGUCCUCGUCGUUCGCAGCGCUUUCGGGUGCCAGUGAGGUGAGCGCAGAUGACGUUCGGCGACGAGGACACUUUCGGCCAGGAUUUACCUCGAUACUGCAAAUCCAGGAUUUUUUGGUCGACAGGAGCUUUAGCCUCUGACCCGAGGGAUUGAAAAAUUCUACAGAGCUGGCUUCCUGCGGUCGGGUGAGGAAGAAACGUGCAAUCGACGAUGGCGGAGCACAGCUUCGCCACUCAGUACCUCGAGCUCUGCAGGCAGAAGCGGCUGCGGCCGCUGCCGGUGAUAUGCGUCACGCUGCCGCAUUCGCUCGAUUUCACCACCGACCGCGUCAAGAUGGACGACUGGGCACCGAUUCUAAAUUCGCUGUCGCUCGAUCGCACGCUCAGGUCGAUAAGCGUGCGCAGCAAGUACCAGUACCGCAAGCUCCUGGACGACGCGAACUCCGAGACGAAAGCCCGAGCGGUGGGCAAAGCUCCGGUCGUACUGACCCGCUUUCUACUCGAGUGGCUCAGCCACAGUCUGACGCAGUGUGUCAGAAACUCCCCAGCGCUAAACAGUCUUGAACUCGAGGGUGUUCCCGUACCCCCGGAUUGUCUUGCCGUUCUCUGCGUCGGUCUCGCCGCCACCAAGAGUCUUCGGCACCUGUCCUUUCGACGAUGCUACAUCGGAGAUGCGGGUUGCGAGGUGCUCUGCAGGACUCUGGGGGAAGUGCAGUGUAUCAGGUCGCUCGACCUGUCUCAGUGCGAGCUGACGACCGCGGCUGGACCUGCGCUGGCCUCGGCCCUGUCCAGGCAGAAGCUGGCUUUGUAUCAGGACGCUUGGAAGCAGUCGCUCAGGUACAGAGAACCCAAGCUGGAGAGCAUGCCUGGACUGAGGAGGCUCACUCUCAAUGGGAACAGCAGGCUGGGAAACGAGGCUGUCGCCAGUAUCAUCGAGGCGAUAAGGGACAGCCUCUGGUUCAAAGCCCUGGACCUUCAGCAGUGCGGGUUAUCCGAGGACACCGGCCAGUCGAUUCUCGAGCUUCUCGAUCACAACAAGACGCUCGUGAUCGUCGACGUCAGGCUCAAUCCCAACAUCCAGCAAGACACGCUGGCCGAGAUCUCCAGGCGUCUCGAGUGCAACGAGCUGCACAGCAAGUCCGAGUACCGCUGGCUCAGCCUACCCGAGCAGAAGGACAGCAGUGGGGCUAAACGUGUCUCAUCGGCUGGAAACCUACCCGCGAGAAAGAGCGAACCUCUGCCCAGACCGAGGAGUGCGAUGGUCAGGCAGGUCAAGAGGCCACCGGCGCCGGUCGCCUACAGGAAACAGCCUCUGCUGCAGAUGCCGCCACCGCAGCUGGUCAAGAGAAUGAAGACCAAACCACCUGUGCCGGUGAUGGAGAGGCGCCCCAGGUUGCCCAUGAAGCCACCGGAACACGCGAGGGUACCUCAGCCCGAGCCACCGCCUAAAGUAUCCCUACACCUGGACCUCCAGUCCCAGAUCCAGUCUUUGUCCGAUACAACGCAACCUGACGCCAACCUGCCCCUGACCUCUGAACCCACACCCACGAGUCAACCCCAAGUUGAACAGCCUGACUCCAGCCAACUGGACUUUGAAUCUCAGAAGCUCGAAGAAAUCGCAGAGCAGCUUCUGGAGUCCCGAGCAGAGUGCGAUCGCUUCCUCGAGGAGAUCCGACGUAACGAGUUGAUCAUCGCCGAAGAACGGGCUCGUCGUGAGUUCGCCGAAGCGAAACUCAGGUCUUUGCGGACCGACCUAGAGGAGAUUCAGCAGCGGGAGCGAGAUUCUCGAGGCUACCUUCUCAUCAGUCAGAAGUCCAUGGAGGAGAUCUGCUUGUCGUUCGGUAGACUCCUGGACAUGUUGGAAAGGCAUCCGGUGCCCGACGACGUCAUCGACGAGGAGAACAACAGUCUUGCCAGGUUGGACGUUGAAGCGGCGGAAGAUCGGUUGACGAAGGAGGACAUCAAGCGAAGGUUUGCUCUGAUUAUCCGGAAGACCAAGUCUGAGAACCUAAAGCGUGGAUACUUCGUGGACGAGAACACGGUGCUGUCAAGGCUGCAGUUGACGGCAAGACACGGCAGGUCUGAAGGCAACAUCCGGAACAAGAAGCCCACCGCGGUUGAACCGCUCAGAAGGUGUGAGAGGAACAUCGGAGACACGGUGGAGACGGUGGGACUACCCUAUCAGGACUUCCGGGAACAUCGGUACGAGGGCAUCAGACUGUCUUCCCUGAAGGCCGGCGAUGGAGCGUCUUCGCCUGGCGAAAGAGCCCGGACACUUUUCGCCAGCAUCGUCAACGGCGACGCGCUGUUGGGCUUCAGUCAGUCGCACGCUAGGUAGCCGUGGGAUUCGUCGGUCACCGAUUAUGCCAUAUCUGGUGGCUACGGCCGUCGAAGACACGCAGCUCCGUCGGAGUUUGUUUCGGAGCUCUCAGCGAUGACCGUUGCUGGACUCGUAGGGGGGGAUGAAGGAUUUCACAGAUAGCAGUGAUCUUGAGCCGUUUAAUUUUAACUUUAGACAUAUUUAUGUUGAUGUAAAUUUUAGUUUUUAGUUAAAAUUCGGUUCGGUGUUGACAAAUUUAAAGGACUUUAUUGAAUUCGACGUAUUCUACUGUGUAUACCAAUGAAUGAGAGGCUCCUAAUGGUCUUUCGGUCUGUACGUGAGACGUUUUGUAUACUUAUAAUAAACAGGAUGUUUUAUCGAAA